ACUCCUAAAAGCAAAGGCCAAGAUUGCAUCCGUAUUCGUAUUACACGGCUGGCUACCCUCGAGUGUACGGAACCCUCAGAUGCUAUUCCAUCAGAGAAAUUUAGAAAAGAGCGUCCGUCCGUCCCCUCCCGGCAUCAGCAAGGACCAAACUCAGAUGUUAUAUAUAUACCAUAGCAGCCAAAGCCAAUUGCCAGACCUAGAGGAAGAAAGAUCAUUUGGGCUUAAUAAAGUUUGUUGGGUGUAUUGGAUUUCAGACAUAUGCAACAUGAUGAGAGACAAGAGGGCAUUCACAUACACCUAAAAGUCUUCUGGGCGCCUCUAUGGAGAACAAGAUUCUGACACCUCACUCAGGAACAUCUGAGUCAUCAAGAAAGAGGAAGUUAAUAACUGUGGAUACAAAGUGUACCAUCUCGGAAUCAGAUCAUGUUUUGGAUGGGGGAAUCCUGAAAGAAUCAAACUGGCAAUCCCAGACUCGUGAUAUGUUCAUUCAAGCUCAUGGAGAGCAUGAAAAAAUGUCUGUUAUGAAAUCUUGUGAUGAACCUGCAGGAAAGGCUGAGUUUGGUGGUCCUGGUUUGCAAGCUGGAAUGAAUUACAAAAUCAAGAAAUCUUUUGAUUUUAAACAAAUUGGUCAGACUUCAAAUUCUCCCAGAGUAAAUGUUAUUUCAGAUAUUGGAACAGGCUCUUUGUUUUCUUCUUCAUGCGUUGGACACAAGGAAAAUGAUGUGUCACUGCAAAGUGAAUUAUCAUUUGGCAGUGGCUCUUUAAGUACAGGGUUGACUAAAAACUGUAAAAAAGAGAAGGGUGGAAGUCAAGGAGAUGGAAAUAUGCAAAACAUGAAUAAGGUAGAAGGAUCAGAUGUUGACAAUUCUAAGCAUUCCUUCUUGGAAGAAACUGUACCUAGAAAUGGGGAUUCUCCUCCUAUGCAGGUAGAUACUCGGCAUUAUCCAAGUCCUGGUUCUUUUAAGUCUGAUGAAAAAAGUAAAUCACUUCUCAGAAAAGUAGUUCCUUCAGUUGCUGAGAAGCUCUGGGAUGGGUCCCUUCAGUUGAAUUCUUCUGUAAAUGUGGUUGCGGUUGCCUUCUUUAAGAGCGGUGAGAAGAUGCCUAAUAUCAAGUGGUCUGAAUCUGUAGAAGUCAAAGGGAAAGUGAGGCUAGAGGCUUUUGAAAAAUAUAUUCAGGAUCUCCCUCGUUCGCGCAACCGGGGUUUAAUGGUAAUCUCACUUUGCUGGAAAGAAGGGUCAUCUGAAACUGGACUGGCAGGCAUGAAAAAGGUUGCAAAAGGGUACAAAGAAGGGGACAGAGUUGGGUUUGCACAACUCUCUCCAGGUAUUGAUCUUUAUGUCUGUCCUCGCAGUGAGACCAUAAUCACAAUACUUGCUAAGCAUGGGUUCUUCAAGGGCAUGGCUGCUAUUGAAGACAACCAAGAUUCCUUGAUUGGUUGUAUUGUGUGGCGAAAAAAGGGAGCAAAUUCUGUUAAGAAAUCUGAGAAACAAAACUGUUCCUGGACCGAGCACCCUGUCAACUCCCCACCUGACUCUUCUACCCAAAGAGUUGCUGAAAAUAAUUUGCGUUAUACACAACCAGCUGAGGCAUCCAUCCCAGUUGCGUCAGGAGCAGAUUGCACCACUCUUGAGAUUAUAAAAAGUGAAAGUUCUGAAAGCAAGAAUAUCAAGCCUAGCAACAUUCAACUUGAGUUGCAUAAUUCUUCCACCGUCAUUAAACUCUUGCCGACACGUUCAUUCCAAAGCAAUUCUCUAUCUGUUUCAGUGGGACUUAAAACAUCAUGUUCUGACUGUGACUCUCAUCAGGAUUCUUUGGGACAGUCAUUGGAAGUUGAAGCUCCUCAGAUGCACAAUUUGGGACCCGAGAGACCUAAACAGAGCUUGGAACUUCAAAGGCCUAUCUUGUCCCUCCCACCUGAUGUUGUCAACAGAGUUGCACCUCUACCUGAUGAUGACGACCUUCCUGAAUUUGAUUUUGGAGCUUCUCAAGGAUUUACGAACAUGAAAGGAUCCCUUCCGCGGAUGGUGCCUACUGUAGAGUGGCUAUUUGCCAAUCAAAGAAGAUUGGAAACUUCAAAUCUUCCAAUGCUUACUCUAGAGGAGAAGAAGAUUCUAGUAAAGAACUUUGGUGAACAUGGCAAGACAUCUGGAUUUCCUAUUGUGGAAGAACAAAACGCAGCCCAAGUUAAAGCUGUUACCACACCUGGUAGCAGCAGCAUUGCUGUUCCACGUUCAAAGAACCAUUUUGACGAAGAUGACGAUGAUAUGCCUGAAUGGUGCCCGCCAGAUGUUGAGCUUCACAAGCAAUCAGUUCCACAGACAAAUCGACCAUCAGUAACCAUGAUCAAUCACGAAGUAACAAAGUCAUGGUUCCGAAUUUCUUCAGGUCCUCCAAGCCCUCUGCUCCCAUCUCCACAUCCGAUCACAGCCCAUCCGCCAUUUUCAACCCAGACAGUGCGACCUGCAUAUAGUUUCCACAAUGCAGUCACUGUGAGACCUGUGCAACCAAGACCACCUAUCGGAUACAUGCAAAGGGGUCCAGUUUCUUUUAUGGGAUCCAAUUCUAACCCACUAUCGAGACCAAUGUCAAACACAUCGGAUCUUAAAUUUCCCAUCUAUCCUGCUGGUUGGAGAGGCUGGAGGUCGUGAUGCUUGGAGAUCAACAAAACUAGUAAGCUGAUACCUUGAACUGAUGUGUGAAAUGGUGGUCAAAACGUCGUAGAGAAGAAUCCUGCUUCAGGUAGAAAAGACACCGAAGAAGCAUGAUUCUAGUAGGAACAUCAAGUUGUAAAUAUAACAGGAGCAGCUAGUUAGGUGUUCGUUCAUGCCUAGGGUCGCCUGUUUUCAUAUUUUAUGAAUCAUCUAAAAUCCUAACGUGGUCUUCCCUUUUUUUUUCAAAAGAUGUUUUUCUUAAACGGCAUUCAUUUUGUAUUUCAA